CGUCACGGACUCAUCCACAGUGCUGGGGCUUGAGAGGCUGACCAUCCACUCAUGCUGCCACAAGCACAGGGAGACGUUGGCGCUUAGUCGGGAAAAAAGAUUUUUACCAUUUCAUUUUUCUUUUUUUUUUCUUUUCUUUUUUUUAAGUUUAGCACGGAAUGAGCUGAACGGAGUCGGCGGCUGCAGAGCUUAUUCUAUACCAGCGGACGAUUCUGGUGGCAUGGUGUGGUGAAACAGAGACCCCAGCAAGCACAGGGAGACAGAGGGUACACUGUGCAUCAUGUUUGAAUGCCGAUAAUCAAUUAGAAAUAUACAUGACUGUGCUGCAGCAUUGCCUAUAGCCUCAUCGGGCUGUAGCAAGUCUCCCUUUAUUGCAGAAGCCCGUCUCGAAGCGGCCAGCGUGCCGGACAAUCUCACCCGGACCACUGAGAGGGUUCGGAUGAGGUGGCUGCUUGGUUUUAGAAAUCCGGCCAACUUUUUCAUCUAUUCCUUUCUAACCAGCAGUGCCAUCGGGCAGUUCAUCAGGAGAUGGCGAUGAGGUUGUUUUACUUGGGAUUUAUACUCUGCUUGGAGAUCGCAUCUCCUAACGGCGCGACCGUAGCUCCCAGCUCCAAAGCAGACGAGCAGCCCAAGACUUGCAGCUCUAAACAGUUUGUAUGUAAGGACCAGGUGACCUGUAUCUCCAAAGGCUGGCGCUGUGAUGGGGAGAAGGACUGUCCAGAUGGCUCAGAUGAAUCUCCAGAUAUCUGCACACACAACAAAGUGAACCAGUGUCCUGUCAAUAAAUAUCCAUGCCUGGAUGUGGAAGUGUGUCUCCAUGCAAGCAGAUUUUGUAAUGGAGUCGCUGAUUGCACUGACGGCUGGGAUGAGGGGCCUCACUGCAGAGCAAACGCACCAGACUGUGCCUCCCAUGGGUGCGAGAUUGGCUGUGCAGUGACUCAUGAUGGGCCUCGUUGCUACUGUGGAGAUGGUUACGAGGUUGCUGCAGAUGGAAAGAAAUGUAAAGAUUUCAAUGAGUGUGGUGUGUAUGGAACAUGCAGUCAGACAUGCACAAACACUGAAGGCAGCUACACCUGCAGCUGUGUGGAGGGCUAUCUCCUGCAGCCAGACAACCGCUCCUGCAAAGCCAAAAAUGAGCCUGUGGAUCGUCUGCCGGUUCUGUUGAUCGCCAACCUUAACAACAUCCGAUGCACCUCCCUGAGUGGCUCCGCGACCCGGGUUCCUUCCAUCGCCACCAAACAGACCAUGGCUAUGGACUUCAUCUAUGCGGAGGAGACUGUUUGCUGGAUAGAUGUGGGUGAUACCCCCGCUGCCACCCAGCUUAAGUGUGCCAGCAUCCAAGACCUGAAGUCUGUCAGUAACAACCGCACCAUCAACAUCUCUCUCAGCUUGCACCAUGUGGAGCAGAUGGCUAUAGACUGGCUGACUGGCAACUUCUACUUUGUGGAUGACGUGGACGACCGGGUGUUUGUCUGCAACAAGAACGGCAAAACUUGUGUGACCCUGCUGGACCAAGAGCUGUACAACCCUAAAGGCAUCGCCCUGGACCCAGUGAUGGGAAAAGUGUUCUUCACAGACUAUGGGUCUACACCGAGGGUGGAGCGUUGUGACAUGGACGGGCAAAACCGCACUAAGCUGGUCGACAGUAAGAUUGUCUUCCCCCACGGUAUCACUUUGGACCUGGUGAACAGGUUGGUGUACUGGGCUGACGCUUACCUGGAUUACAUCGAAGUGGUGGACUAUGAGGGCAAGAAUCGGCACACCAUCAUCCAGGGUCUGAUGAUCGAGCAUCUGUAUGGGCUGACUGUAUUUGAGAACUAUCUCUAUGCAACAAACUCGAACGAAGGCAACCUCAACUCCAAAACGACCGUGAUUCGAGUAAACCGCUUCAACAGCUCCGACUUCCAGGUGGUGACCCGGUUAGAUCGGGGAGCUGCGCUGCACGUGUACCAUCAGAGACGUCAACCUCAAGUGCGUAGUCACGCGUGUGCUUUGGAUCAGUUCGGAAAAGCUGGGGGCUGCUCUGACAUAUGUCUGCUGAGCAACAGCCACAAGACCCGAACCUGCCGCUGCCGCUCGGGCUUCAGCCUCGGCAGCGAUGGCAAAUCCUGCAAGAAGCCGGACCACGAGUUGUUCUUGGUGUAUGGCAAGGGUCGUCCUGGAGUCAUCAGGGGCAUGGACAUGAACGCCAAAGUGCCCGAUGAGUACAUGAUUCCGAUCGAGAACCUAAUGAACCCCCGAGCAUUGGAUUUCCACGCCACCAAUGAAUUCAUAUACUUUGCUGAUGCCACAAGCUACAUCAUCGGGCGGCAGAAGAUAGAUGGCACAGAUAGAGACGUCAUACUGAAGGAUGGUAUCCACACGGUAGAGGGAAUAGCAGUAGACUGGAUGGGAAAUAAUCUUUACUGGACAGACGAUGGACCAAAGAAGACUAUCAGUGUUGCCAGGCUGGAGAAGGCUUCACGGACCCGCAAGAUUCUCAUUGAGGGCAAGAUGAGCCACCCUAGAGCCAUUGUUGUGGACCCCCAGCACGGAUGGAUGUACUGGACUGACUGGGAGGAGGAUCCCACAGAGAGCAACAGAGGCAAGAUCAAGAAAGCAUGGAUGGAUGGUUCGCAUCACCAAGUGUUCCUCACUAGCAAAACUGUCCUGUGGCCCAAUGGGUUGAGUCUGGACAUUCCCCAGGGAAUCCUGUACUGGGUGGAUGCUUACUACGACCGCAUUGAGAUGGUUUACCUAAACACCACUGAGCGAAAGGUGGUGUAUGAGGGGCAGGAGCUUAACCAUGCCUUUGGCUUAUGCCACUACAAACAAUUUCUGUUUUGGAACGAGUACCGCGGUGGCAGCAUCUACAAACUGGACCAAGUCACUAAAACAGUCACUCUACUCCGCAAUGAGAGGCCGCCCAUAUUUGAGAUCAGAGUGUACGAUGCACACCAGCAGCAAGGAACCAACGCGUGUCGAGUCAACAAUGGCGGCUGCAGCAGUCUGUGCCUCGCCAUUCCUAAUGGCAGAUCCUGCGCCUGUGCUGAUGAUCAGAUCCUUGAUGGCAAUAACGUUACUUGCAGAGCCAACCCCGCCUACGUUCCCCCACCCCAGUGCCAGCCUGGGGAGUUUGCUUGCAAGAACAACCGCUGCAUCCAAGAGCGCUGGAAGUGUGACGGGGACAACGAUUGUCUGGACAACAGCGAUGAAGCCCCUGAGCUCUGCUACCAGCACACCUGCUCAGCCGAGCGAUUUAAAUGCCAAAACAAUCGUUGCAUCCCCCUGCGAUGGCUGUGUGAUGGUGACAAUGACUGUGGAAACGAUGAGGAUGAAUCGAACACCACCUGCUCUGCUCGCACAUGUCCACCCAACCAAUACCCCUGUGCCAGUGGGCGCUGCAUCCCCAUCUCCUGGACAUGCGACCUUGAUGAUGACUGUGGAGAUCGCUCAGAUGAACCUGAUUCCUGUGCGUAUCCAACCUGUUUCCCUCUCACCCAGUUCACCUGCGCCAAUGGCCGCUGCAUCAAUAUAAAUUGGCGCUGUGACAACGACAAUGACUGUGGAGACAGCAGCGACGAAGCAGGCUGCAGCCACUCUUGUUCCAGCGUCCAGUUCAAAUGUAACAGCGGCCGCUGCAUCCCAGAAUACUGGACCUGCGACGGCGACAAUGACUGUGGAGACUACAGUGACGAGACUCAUGCCAACUGUACCAACCAAGCAACCCGACCUCCAGGUGGCUGCCACGGAGACGAGUUCCAGUGUCGCAUGGACGGCCUGUGCAUUCCCAAGCGUUGGCGUUGCGAUGGCGACACAGACUGUAUGGACCUGAGCGAUGAGAGCAACUGCGAGGGCUUCACUCAGACUUGUGACCCUGCAGUCAAGUUCAGCUGCAGGGACUCUGCUCGCUGCAUCAGCAAAGCCUGGGUGUGUGACGGUGACAGUGACUGUGAGGACAACUCGGAUGAGGACAACUGCGAGGCAUUGGUGUGCAAGUUGUCUCACCACGUGUGCGCUACCAACGACUCCAUCUGUCUGCCUCCCGAGAAGCUGUGUGACGGCACAGACGAUUGUCCGGAUGGUUCCGAUGAGAAACUUUGUGACUUGUGUUCGCUGGGCAAUGGGGGUUGUAGUCACAACUGCAGCAUUAUUCCCGGGGAAGGCUUCAUGUGUUCUUGUCCCCUGGGCAUGGAGCUGGGAGCUGACAACAAGACCUGCCACAUCCAGAGCUUUUGCGCCAAACAUCUCAAGUGUAGCCAGAAGUGUGAACAGGAGAAAUCUAGUGUCAAGUGCUCCUGCUACGAGGGCUGGGAGCUGGAGUCUGACAUGGAGAGCUGCAAAAGCACCGAUCCCUUCAAGCCUUUCAUCAUCUUCUCCAAUCGCCAUGAGAUCAGAAGGAUUGACCUUCAUAAAGGAGAGUUCAGUGUGCUUGUACCAGGCCUUAGAAACACCAUUGCUUUAGACUUCCAUCUCAACCAGAGCACCCUGUACUGGACUGAUGUUGUGGAGGACAAGAUCUAUCGUGGGAAACUGUCUGAAAAUGGAGCCCUGACCAGUUUUGAGGUGGUGAUCCAGUAUGGGCUGGCUACUCCAGAAGGCCUAGCUGUGGACUGGAUAGCAGGAAACAUUUACUGGGUGGAGAGCAAUCUGGACCAGAUUGAGGUGGCCAAACUGGAUGGGACCAUGAGAACGACCCUGCUAGCCGGCGAAGUGGAGCAUCCCCGGGCCAUCGCCCUAGAUCCUCGAGAUGGUAUCCUGUUUUGGACUGACUGGGAUGCAAGUCUGCCCAGAAUUGAGGCAGCAUCCAUGAGCGGUGAAGGCAGACGCACCAUCCACAGGGAGACCGGCAGUGGUGGGUGGCCCAACGGACUCACUGUGGACUACAUGGAAAGACGCAUUGUCUGGAUUGAUGCCAGGUCGGAUGCUAUCUACUCAGCAAUGUACGAUGGCUCGGGGCUGAUUGAAGUGUUGCGGGGUCAUGAGUAUUUGUCCCACCCCUUUGCUGUCACUAUGUACGGAGGCGAGGUCUACUGGACUGACUGGAGGACUAACACUCUGGCCAAAGCCAAUAAAUGGACAGGACACAACGUUACUGUGGUGCAGCGCACCAACACGCAGCCCUUUGACUUGCAGGUCUAUCACCCAUCCAGGCAACCCCAGGCCCCCAACCCAUGUGCCCCCGCUGACGGUAAACCCCUUUGCUCCCACUUGUGUCUCAUCAACUUUAACCAGACCUUCUCCUGCGCCUGUCCUCACCUCAUGAAGCUGCAGCCCGACAAGUACACCUGCAAAGAGUCUCGCAAGUUCCUUCUUUACGCUCGUCAGAUCGAGAUCCGAGGUGUUGACAUUGACAACCCCUACUAUAACUACAUAAUCUCCUUCACCGUGCCGGAUGUAGACAAUGCGACAGUGGUGGAUUAUGAUGCUGUGGAGCAUCGGAUCUACUGGUCAGAUGUGCGAACACAGACCAUCAAGAGAGCUUUCAUCAAUGGCACAGGGGUGGAGACUGUGGUCUCUGCUGACCUUCCUAAUGCCCAUGGCCUGGCAGUAGACUGGGUGUCCAGGAACCUCUUCUGGACCAGCUACGAUGCCAAUAAGAAGCAGAUCAAUGUGGCCAGACUGGAUGGAUCUUUCAAGAAUGCCGUCAUCCAGGGACUGGACAAGCCCCACUGUCUAGUGGUCCACCCUCUGCUUGGGAAGCUUUACUGGACUGACGGUGACAGUAUAAGCAUGGCUAACAUGGAUGGCAGCAACCGCACCACACUUUUCACCAACCAGAAAGGACCAGUAGGCCUCUCUGUUGACUAUGAAAAGGAGCAGCUGUACUGGAUCAGCUCAGGAAACAGCACCAUUAACCGCUGUCAGCUGGAUGGCUCUAAACUCGAGAUCCUUGAAGGUGUUAAAGGCAAAUUGACCAAAGCGACUGCGCUGGCUAUUAUGGGAGACAAGCUGUGGUGGGCCGAUCAGGGAACUGACCAGAUAGGAACAUGUAACAAGAAGGAUGGAGGAAACUGGAAAGUUUUGCGAAACAACACCUCCCCAAUGAUGCACAUGAGGAUCUAUGAUGAGGAUGUGCAGAAAGCCGGUGUCAACCUGUGCAGUAACAACAAUGGUGACUGCUCACAGCUGUGUUUGCCCACCUCUCCGACAACCAGGGCCUGCAUGUGCACUGCCGGAUACAGCCUCAAGACGGGCCAGCAGUCCUGUGAAGGCAUGGGCUCUUUCCUGCUUUACUCUGUUCACGAGGGAAUCAGAGGAAUUCCUCUCGACCCAGCAGACAAAUCGGAUGCCUUGGUGCCGGUUUCUGGAACCUCUCUGGCUGUUGGCAUCGACUUCCACGCUGAGAAUGACACAAUCUACUGGGUGGACAUGGGUCUGAGUACCAUCAGCAGAGCCAAGAGGGAUCAGACGUGGAGGGAAGAUGUGGUAACCAACGGUAUUGGCAGGGUGGAGGGCAUCACUGUUGACUGGAUAGCAGGAAAUAUCUAUUGGACUGACCAGGGCUUUGAUGUGAUCGAGGUGGCCAGACUGAACGGCUCCUUCCGCUAUGUUGUCAUUUCCCAGGGCCUGGACAAACCCAGAGCCAUAGCUGUCCACCCAGUGAAAGGGUAUUUGUUCUGGACUGAGUGGGGUCAGUAUCCUCGUAUUGAACGCUCACGACUGGAUGGCUCCCAGAGGCUGGUCAUGGUCAAUGCGAGCAUAAGCUGGCCAAAUGGAAUCUCCAUUGAUUAUGAGGAGGGUCUGCUGUAUUGGUGCGACGCCAGGACAGACAAGAUCGAGCGCAUCAACCUGGAGACUGGAAAAAACAGGGAGCUGGUUCUGGGCAACAACAACAUGGACAUGUUUGCUGUAUCUGUAUUUGAGGAGUACAUCUACUGGAGUGACAGGACCCAUGCUAAUGGCUCCAUUAAGAGAGGCAGCAAAGACAACGCCACAGAUGCUGUGCAGCUCAGGACAGGCAUCGGUGUACAGCUCAAAGAUAUUAAAGUCUUCAAUAGAGCCAGACAGACAGGCUCGAACGUCUGCAAAAACAACAACGGCGGCUGUGAACAGCUGUGUCUUUUCCGUGGGAAUGGGGAGCGCACCUGCGCCUGUGCUCAUGGCAUGCUGGCAGAGGACAACCAAAGUUGCCGUGACUACGACGGCUACCUGCUGUACUCCGAGCGCACCAUCCUGAAAAGCAUCCACCUGUCCGACGAGACAAACCUCAACGCGCCCAUUAAGCCGUUCGAGGAUCCCGACCACAUGAAGAAUGUCAUCGCUCUCAGCUUUGACUACCAUGGCGGGGGAGGGAGGGGAGCCAACCGCGUCUUCUUCAGCGACAUUCACUUUGGCAACAUCCAGCAGAUCAAUGACGACGGCACAGACCGCAAGAUCGUGGUGGAAAAUGUUGGGUCAGUUGAGGGCCUGGCAUACCAUCGCGGCUGGGAUACACUCUACUGGACCAGUUAUACAACGUCCACCAUCACUCGCCACACUGUGGACCAGAGCCAUUCUGUGGCCUACAACCGCAACACCGUAGUCACCAUGUCUGGAGAAGACCACCCUCGAGCCUUUGUGUUGGACGAGUGUCAAGAUCUCAUGUUCUGGACAAACUGGAAUGAGCAGGCUCCGAGCAUUAUGAGGGCCUCUUUGAACGGAGCCAACGUGAUCGUGAUCAUCGGCAGCGACAUUAAAACUCCCAACGGCCUGGCCAUAGAUCAUCGCGCCGAGAAACUCUACUUCUCUGACGCCACGCUGGACAAGAUCGAGCGCUGUGAAUAUGAUGGAAGCAACCGUUACGUUCUGCUGAAAAACGAGCCCGUCCAUCCGUUCGGUCUCGCUGUGUACGGAGAUUACAUCUUCUGGACUGACUGGGUGAGGAGGGCUGUCCUCAGAGCUGACAAGUACACUGGAGGAGACAUGAAAGUGCUGCGUGCUGACAUCCCUCAGCAACCAAUGGGCAUCGUUGCUGUAGCUAAUGACACCAACAGCUGUGAAUUUUCUCCUUGCCGAACAAACAACGGAGGUUGCCAGGACCUGUGCCUGCCUACGUCCGACGGCCGGGUCAACUGCAGCUGCCGUGGAGACCGGCAACUCCUCGAAGACAACACCUGUUCUCCCCUGAACGUAUCAUGCGGAAGUGUCGAUGGCUUUGAGUGCGGGAAUGGUGAUUGCAUCAACUACAGUCUGACCUGUGACGGCAUGGCCCACUGCAAGGACAAGUCUGAUGAGAAGCAGUCCUAUUGUGCCAAUCGACUCUGUAAGAAAGGCUACAGGCGCUGCAUGAACGGCCGCUGCAUUGGUCACCACUUCUGGUGUGAUGGCACAGAUGACUGUGGUGAUCAUUCAGAUGAACUGCCCUGCAACAUGACACUUUGCAAAGCAGGAGAGUUCCAGUGCAAAGAUGGAAGCUGCAUCUCCAACUACAGCCGCUGUGACCAGGUGGUCAACUGCGAGGAUGCAAGCGAUGAAAUGAACUGCCAACCCACUGAUUGCUCCCGUUUUUUCCGGCUUGGAGUUAAAGGAGCCUCUUUCCAAAGCUGUGAGAAAACCACUCUGUGUUAUCUGCCCUCGUGGGUGUGUGACGGCAACAAUGACUGUGGUGACUUUUCUGAUGAAAGAAACUGUCCAGAUAAGAGGAAGCUUAAAUGUCCAGUCAACUUCUUUGCUUGCCCCAGCGGUCGGUGCAUUCCUAUGAGUUGGACCUGCGAUAAAGAGAAUGACUGUGAGAACGGGGCUGAUGAGACACACUGUGACAAGUUUUGUACAUCCACCCAGUUUGAAUGCGGGAACCAUCGCUGCAUUUCCAGCCACUGGGUGUGUGACGGCUCCGACGACUGCGGCGAUGGUUCUGACGAGGACCAGAAUUGCAAAUCCAAAACCUGCAGUCCUGAGGCUUUCCAGUGUCCAGGCUCCCAUAUGUGUGUGCCGCAGCGCUGGAAGUGUGAUGGAGACAAUGACUGUCCUGAUGGAGCUGAUGAGAGUGUGAAGGCUGGCUGCAUGUACACCAACAACACGUGUGAUCCUGAAAACGAGUUCAUGUGCCAGAACAGGCAGUGCAUCCCCAAGCACUUUGUGUGCGAUCAUGACUUUGAUUGUGUCGAUAAGUCGGACGAAUCCCUCGAAUGUGAAUAUCCGCCGUGCGGUCCCGAUGAGUUCCGCUGCGCCAAUGGCCGCUGCCUUAACCAGAAGAAGUGGGAGUGCGACGGAGAGUUUGACUGUCAGGAUCGUUCCGACGAAGCUCCCAAGAACCCUCGCUGCACAGACUCUGAGAGGACGUGCAAUGACUCAGCUUUCAUGUGCCAUAAUAAAAAAUGCUUGAAUGAGACACUGCUGUGCGACCGCAACGACGACUGUGGUGAUGGCUCCGAUGAACUCAACUGCUUCAUCAACGAGUGUCUCAACAGCAAGCUGAGCGGCUGCACACAGCUCUGUGAUGACCUCAAGAUCGGCUUCAAGUGCAGGUGUCAUCCUGGUUUCCAGCUGAAGCGUGAUGGGAAGACAUGUGUGGAUAUAGAUGAGUGCACAACCACCUACCCCUGUUCCCAACGCUGUAUCAACACACACGGCAGCUUCCACUGUCUCUGCGUCGACGGCUUUGAGCUCAGCCCCAAUGACCCCACUGUUUGCAAGUCCACAUCGGAUGAAGAGCCCUACUUGAUCUUUGCCAAUCGGUACUACCUGAGAAAACUGAACCUGGAUGGUACCAACUACACUCUUAUAAAGCAGGGUCUUAAUAAUGCAGUAGCACUGGACUUCCACUAUGCAGAGCAGAUGAUCUACUGGACGGAUGUGACCACUCAGGGCAGCAUGAUUCGACGCAUGCAUAUGAACGGCAGCAACAUGGAGGUUUUGCACCGAACCUCUCUGAGUAAUCCCGAUGGCUUGGCGGUAGACUGGGUCGGUGGAAACCUGUACUGGUGCGACAAAGGCCGAGACACCAUUGAGGUGUCAAAACUUAAUGGGGCUUACCGAACGGUGCUGGUCAACAGUGGCCUGAGGGAACCUCGUGCAGUGGCUUUGGAUGUACGCUAUGGUUAUCUUUACUGGUCUGACUGGGGUGACAGCCCUCACAUUGGGAGAAUUGGGAUGGAUGGCACUAACAGAAGUGUCAUCAUAGAGGAUAAGAUCACCUGGCCCAAUGGAUUAACCCUGGACUUCAUCAAUGACCGUAUAUACUGGGCUGAUGCCAGGGAGGACUACAUUGAGUUUGCCAGCCUGGAUGGCAAGAACAGACACACAGUUCUCAGCCAAGACAUCCCUCACAUAUUUGCCAUGACACUGUUUGAAGAAUACAUCUACUGGACCGACUGGGAAACAAAGUCCAUCAACAGAGCUCAUAAGACUCUGGGUACCAACAAGACGACCCUGAUCAGCACCCUGCACCGACCCAUGGACAUCCACAUUUACCAUCCUUACCGCCAACCUCCGGUGCUCAACCACCCGUGCCAGAUAAACAACGGUGGCUGCAGUAAUCUCUGCCUCCUUUCUCCUGGUGGGGGUUAUAAGUGUGCCUGUCCCACCAACUUCUAUCUGGCAAACGAUCAGCGCACUUGCAUGUCCAACUGCACAGCCAGCCAGUUUGUGUGCAAGAAUGACAAAUGCAUUCCUUUCUGGUGGAAAUGUGACACAGAAGAUGACUGUGGAGAUCGUUCAGAUGAGCCAGAAAACUGCCCCGAAUUCAAUUGCAGACCAGGGCAGUUUCAGUGUGGCACAGGCAUCUGCACCAACCCUGCAUACAUCUGUGAUGGAGACAACGACUGCCAGGAUAAUUCAGACGAGGCCAACUGUGACAUUCAUGUUUGCCUGCCCAGCCAGUUCAAAUGUUCCCACCCCAGCCGCUGCAUUCCAGGCAUCUUCCGCUGUAACGGCCAGGUCAACUGUGGAGAAGGCGAGGAUGAGAAGGACUGCCCUGAAGUCACAUGUGCGCCCACUCAGUUCCAGUGUGCCAUCACCAAACGCUGCAUACCUCGUGUCUGGGUGUGCGACCGUGACAACGAUUGUGUGGACGGAUCAGAUGAGCCCGCCAAUUGCACCCAGAUGACCUGUGGUGUGGACGAGUUCCGAUGCAAAGACUCUGGCCGCUGCAUUCCCGCUCGCUGGAAGUGUGACGGCGAGGAUGACUGCGGCGAUGCAUCAGAUGAACCGAAAGAGGAGUGUGCUGAGAGGACGUGUGAGCCAUACCAGUUCAGAUGUAAGAACAACCGCUGUGUGCCGGGCCGCUGGCAGUGUGACUAUGACAAUGACUGCGGGGACAACUCUGAUGAAGACAACUGCAUGCCUCGACAGUGUUCAGAAAGCGAGUUUGCCUGCACCAACGGCCGUUGCAUUGCUGGGAGGUGGAAGUGCGAUGGAGACCAUGACUGUGCGGACGGAUCUGAUGAGCAUGGCUGUGAUCUGAAGUGUGACCAGGACCAGUUCUCGUGUAAGAAUGGACACUGUAUUCCGAUCCGCUGGCGGUGUGAUGCUGAUCCUGACUGCAUGGACGGCAGCGAUGAGGAAAACUGUGGCAGUGCUGCUGGCCGUCACUGCCCUCUGGAUGAGUUCCAGUGUAACAACACUCUGUGCAAGCCCCUCGCCUGGAAGUGUGAUGGAGAGGAUGACUGUGGGGACAACUCUGAUGAGAAACCCGAAGAAUGCAGGAAGUUCCAGUGUCCGCCGACAAGAGCGUUCCGCUGCCAAAAUGACCGUGUGUGUCUGCAAGUGUCAAGGAGGUGUGACGGCGUUAAUAAUUGUGGAGACAACAGCGAUGAACUGAACUGCCAGGCUCCUCCAUCUGUUCCCACGUGUGAGAAAGACGAGUUCUUGUGCUCCAAUGGCAGAUGCAUCAGCUCCAGUCUGCGCUGUAACUUCUUUAAUGAUUGCGAAGACUAUGGCUCUGAUGAGAUCAACUGCAAAACGGACACAAAGCUAAACGACUGUCGGAGUAACACAACUCAGUGUGGUGAUGGAGAUGAGGCCCACUGUGUCACCAAUGGCACAGACUCCUUCUGCUCCUGCAAACCAGGCUUCCAAAAGAUAGGACACCACACCUGUGGAGAUAAGAACGAGUGUCUGCAGUUUGGAGUCUGUUCCCACAUCUGCAAUAACACCAAAGGCUCCUACAAAUGCAGCUGCCACAAGUACUUCACCAGGAUAAAUGACACCUGCAAGGCUGACAACAUGAACAGCAGUCGGCAGAUUCUAUACAUCGCUGACGACAAUGAAAUCCGAAGCCUUGACCCCGGCAUGCCCAACUGGCGCUAUGAGCAGACCUUCCAGGGUGAUGCCAGUGUGCGCAUUGAUGCGAUGGACCUGCACGUCAAGACCAACCGCAUCUUCUGGACCAACUGGCACACGGGGCGCAUCUCCUCCUACGAGCUUCCAGGAUCAUCCUCAUCAUCAUCUUCUAGCAUCAACAACCUGCAGAUCAAAGACCUGAAGAUGCCCCGUGGUAUUGCUGUGGACUGGGUGGCUGGUAACCUGUACUGGACUGACUCAGGCCGAGAUGUAAUUGAAGUGGCUCAGUUGUCAGGCCAGCAUUCCAAGACCCUCAUCUACGGCAUGAUAGACGAGCCUUAUGCCAUUGUAGUGAAUCCACAGAGAGGUACCAUGUACUGGGCAGACUGGGGCAACCACCCUAAAAUUGAGACGGCCGCCAUGGACGGCACUCUAAGACAAACACUCGUCCAGGAGAACAUCCAGUGGCCGACAGGCUUAGCUGUGGACUACUUCAAUGAGCGUCUUUACUGGGCAGAUGCUAAACUAUCAGUCAUCGGCAGUGUUCGUCUGGAUGGCUCUGACCCUGUCGUUGCUGUCUCCGGCAUCAAAAACAAUUUGCUCCAUCCAUUCAGCAUAGAUAUCUUUGAGGACUACAUUUAUGGGGUCACAUAUAUUAACAACUUUGUCUUCCGGGUCAACAAGUUUGGUAAAGGCCCUAUGGAGAAUCUCACCACAGGCAUCAACCAUGCUACAGACAUAGUCCUGUAUCACCGUUACAAGCAGCCAGAGAUGACUAACCCGUGUGACAGAAAGAAGUGUGAGUGGCUGUGUCUCCUCAGCCCCAGUGGGCCGGUGUGCACCUGCCCUAACAACUACGUUGCAGACAACGGCACAUGUGCAGAGAGACCAAACCCCACCCAGUCACCGUUCUCCCCGCCCUCAGUUCCGUGCGAUAUCCAGUGUCAGAACGGUGGGAGCUGCUUCUUCAACGACCGUCAGGUGGCAAAGUGUCGCUGCCAGCCCAGCUACAUAGGCGAGAGAUGUGAAAUCAACCAAUGCAGGGACUACUGUAAGAACGGAGGCACCUGCACUGCUUCUCAUGCCGGGUUGCCAACUUGCAGAUGUCCUAAAGGCUUCACAGGGCCAAACUGCAAUCGCCACACUUGUCAGGACAACUGCCUGAAUGGAGGCACGUGCUUGGUCAGUAGAGGCAACCAGCCAACCUGCAGUUGCCUGCCAGAGUACCUGGGAGACCAGUGUCAGUACAGUAAAUGUGAAGGCUUCUGCGAGAAUGGUGGAACCUGCUUACAGACCUCCAACGGCACCAAACUUUGUCUGUGCCCCACCAAGUACGUCGGGCACCAGUGUGAGCUGGACAAAUGUCAGUUCUGCGGAACGGGCAAAUGUUUGACGUCAGCCUCAGGGGAGGUUUCCUGCAGCUGUCCAAAUGGUCAGAUCCAACCCAGCUGCUAUACCUGUUCAAACUACUGUGCACAUGGACAGUGUUCAGUAGACAAUCGCACACUGCUGCCACAGUGCACGUGUGCUGUUGGAUGGAGGGGAUACAGAUGUGAUAUCACAGCUCCCAUAGAGUCUCAUACUUCUAGUGGUAGUACUGCGUCAAUCAUCGUCCCAGUGCUGCUGCUGCUGUUGCUGGCAUUGCUGGUGGUUGGUGCCAUCUUGUGGUACAAGCAGAGAAUGCGUGGGUCUCUAUGCCCGGGCAAAUCUCGUUCUCAGUGCUCGCGUGCCAAGGGCUUCCAGCACCACCGAAUGACCAACGGGGCCAUGAAUGUUGAGAUUGGAAACCCUGCCUAUAAGAUCUAUGAAGGAGAUCCUGAUGAUGAUGCUGGGGAACUUCUGGACUCUGACUUUGCUUUAGACCCAGACAAG